AUGUGGUUUAAUGAACGAAUUCAGAAAAAGAAGAAGAGUGCAACAUAUAAAUUCACUAUAUGUUGUUUGCAGGGUAAAGUGAAGCUACCCUUACUUAACCAACCUCCUCCAUUUUUGAUAUAUCUCUUCUCGAGUGAUGAUGAAAUUUGUCGCCAUUUUCGUGAGAAUAUCAGAGCUUACAACAUGAUGUUUUCAUUUACAUCUAUUGGUGGGAAGAUAAAUUACGAUAUAAACAAGGGUCGUGGUCCACCCGUAUUCCAACUACAUGGUGAAAAUUAUCACUUAAUUGGUUCUUUGAUUCCUAAGAGGAAAGAGAAACCAAAGUUCUGUCAGUUGUAUAUCCAUGAUACAGCUAAUGAGAUAACCAACAGAGAAAUCAAUCAGAAUGUCUCUAACUCGACCAAGUUAAGGCCGGCAUUAAUUGAAUGUCUCAUGAAGAUGUUAAACUUUUGUAAUCCAAUGGUGAAAGCUUUCCGUUCCUACAAAGACAGAUACAAUAUUCAACAACCAGAAGACAACUUCAAGUUAGUUCUCAUUGCUAACAGGAAUAAAGAAGCUAGAACACAUAACAUGCCAACAUCAACAGAAGUUGCAGCAUUGAUUCCGGGAGAUUUUCAAGAAGGAAUGGAUUUACGAGAUAUUGUAUUAGAGACUACACACGGAAACCUCAGAAGAAGUAGUGAACUCUAUGUGGGUUAUCUAGCUCUUUGGUAUCCAUUAUUAUUUCCAUAUGGUGAGGAUGGAUUCACCGUUGGAAUUGAAGACGGUUUUGAUGACGGCAACAAACGGAAACGCAAAACUAUAAGCAUGCGAGAAUUCUAUGCUUAUAGGAUUCAAGAUAGGUUAAUGGAAUCUCAGUCCGUAAUUCGGUCUAAACGAUUGUAUCAACAGUUUCUGGUUGAUGUGUUUACUAUGAUAGAGUCUAGCCGACUUCGAUAUUUCAGGAAAAAUCAGAAGAAGCUUCGUUCAGACAAGUAUGUGAAUCUGGUUGAGGCUGAAAAGGAAGGAAACUCUGAUUUAUCCAACAGAGGUAAGAGAAUUUUGAUACCUGCAUCAUUUACCGGUGGUUCACGCUAUAUGAACAAUAACUAUUUGGAUGCAAUGGCAAUCUGUAAGCACUUUGGAUUUCCUGAUUUUUUUAUAACUUUCACCUGCAAUCCAAACUGGCCUGAGAUAAUUAGAUAUACAAAGAAGCGAAAGUUGAAUCCUGAAGAUAGACCAGAUAUCUUAUGUAGGAUAUUCAAAAUUAAGCUAGACAGCCUCAUGAGUGAUCUCACUGAAAAGAACAUUUUCGGAAAAAGUGUUUGUGGUAUGUAUACUAUUGAAUUCCAAAAAAGAGGACUUCCACAUGCACAUAUUCUACUAUGGAUGGCUGAAAAAAACAAAUUGUCUACUGCUGAAUCUAUUGAUAAGGUUAUUUCUGCUGAGAUUCCUGACAAAGAUACUGAUCCUUCUUUGUAUGAAGUAGUGAAGCAAAACAUGAUACAUGGACCUUGCGGAGUGAUUAACAAAAGUAGUCCAUGUAUGGUCAAUGGGAAGUGUUCUAAGCUAUUUCCAAAGAAAUAUUGUGAAAGAACUACCAUUGACAACAGUGGCUUUCCACAUUAUAUGAGAAGGAAGACUGGCGCAUUUGUUGAGAAGAAUGGUCUAAAAAUUGACAACAGUUUUGUUGUGCCUUAUAAUAGAGAGCUAUCAUUGCGAUAUAGAGCUCACAUCAAUGUGGAAUGGUGUACUCAGGCAAGGUCAAUCAAAUACCUCUUCAAAUAUAUCAACAAAGGACCUGAUCGUGUUCUAGCUACUAUUGAAAAUGAUUUAAAUAAAGGCGCAGAUUCUGAUGCAUGCGCCAAUGUAGAUGAAAAUGGCGAGGAUACUACAGAUGAAAUUAAGGAGUUCUUCGAUUGCAGAUAUGUUUCUUCAUGUGAAGCUACAUGGCGUUUGCUAGCAUUUCUAAUCCAUUUUAGGACAACUCCAGUGGAGAAACUCUAUUUUCAUCUAGAAAACGAGCAAUCAGUACUUUUUGACGAUGAUGAUCCAGUUGAAACUGUUCUAAAUCGCAGGUCAGUACAGAGCUCAAUGUUAUUAGCAUUUUUUGAAGCUUGCAAUAAGUAUCCAGAAGCUGAAAACCUAACAUAUGCUGAGUUUCCUACAAUGUUUGUUUAUGAUCGUACAAAUAUUGAAUGGAAACCAAGGCAACAGAAAAGUAGGUUAGCUGUUGGUAGAAUAACCUAUGUACCUCUUAAAUGUGGCCAAUUGUACUAUCUUUGUGUUCUACUCAACCGACACAAAUGUCCUAAGGGGUUUGAUGAUUUGAAGACAGUUGAUGGUGUUUUACAUCCUACAUACAAAGAUGCAUGUUAUGCAUUGGGUUUACUAGAUGAUGAUAGAGAAUAUAUAGAUGGGAUUAAUGAAGCAAGCAUGUGGGGUUCUGGUGACUUCCUUCGAAAGCUGUUCUGUGUUAUGCUAUUGACUGAUAGCCUAAUUAAUCCAUUUGGAGUUUGGGAAGAAACUUGGAAUUUGCUAUCUGAUGAUAUUCUUUACAGAAGAAGAUCUAUUGAAAACAAUCCAGAACUGGACCUCUCUGAUGAGCAGCUCAAAAAUUACACAUUGGAUGCAAUUGAGACUAUACUGCGAAGCAAUGGUUGUUCUCUUUCAAAUUAUGAUGGAAUGCCUUUGCCGGAUGGAGAUUACAACACAGCUGAAAACAUGCUUCCUGGUUUAACUGACGAGCAGAUGAAUGUCUAUAAAGAGAUCAUGGAAGCUGUCACAGAAGAUAAAGGAAGAGUAUUUUUCUUAUAUGGGUUUGGUGGUACUGGAAAAACUCAUUUAUGGAAACUACUAUCCGCUGCUGUUAGUGCUAUAGGUGAAAUCAUUUUGAAUGUUGCAAGUAGUGGAAUGGCAUCUUUGUUAUUGCCUGGUGGUAGAACCGCACAUUCCCGUUUUGGUAUACCAAUAAACCCAGAUGAUGACACUACUUGCAAUAUUCAACCUGGAACAGACUUAGGAAAUUUGGUUGCUGAGUCAUCUCUUAUCAUAUGGGACGAGGCACCUAUGAUGAGUAGAUAUUGUUUUGAAAGUUUGGAUCGUACUAUGCGUGACAUUAUUAAGCGUCAUAAGGAGAAACCAUUUGGAGGAAAAGUUGUUGUGUUUGGUGGUGAUUUUAGACAAAUUUUGCCAGUUAUCAGUGGUGGAGGAAGGGAAGACAUUGUUAUGGCUUCUAUUAAUUCGUCAUAUUUAUGGGAUGAUUGUAAGGUGCUCAAGCUUACAAAAAACAUGAGGCUUUUGGCUAAUCUUGAUGAAAGCGUAGCAGAGGAAAUCAAAUCAUUUUCAGAAUGGAUUCUUAAAGUUGGCGAUGGUAAAAUUAAUCUACCAAACACCGGAGAAGUUAUGAUCGACAUUCCUGAUGAGCUUCUAAUAAAAGAAUGUGAUGAUCCCAUUCAAUCUAUUGUCGAGGAAGUUUAUGGUUUAAGUUUUGAAGAGCAAUCCGAUCCUCACUUUUAUGAAGAAAGGGCUAUUUUGUGUCCAACUAAUGACGAUGUUUGCCUCAUCAACGAUUACAUGCUUUCUAUGUUGACAGGUGAGGAGAAGACUUAUAUAAGUUCUGAUUCUAUAGAUCCAUCUGAUACAUCUAACCAGGAUAGCAGAGUAUAUACUCCUGACUUUUUGAAUAAUAUAAAGUUGUCUGGUCUUCCUAAUCAUUCUUUGAGAUUAAGAGUAGGAACACCAGUUAUGCUAUUAAGGAAUAUAGAUCCAAAGGCUGGUUUGUGCAAUGGUACAAGGCUACAAAUCACCCAAUUAGCUGAUCAUAUCAUCGAAGCUAUUGUUUUAACUGGUGACACUCAUGGUCAGAAAGUUUACAUUCCAAGGUUGAAUGUCGCACCUCCUGAAGGAAAAUUUCCAUUCAGAAUGCGAAGAAGACAAUUUUCUUUGGCAAUUGCCUUUGCUAUGACCAUAAAUAAAAGUCAGGAUCAGACACUUUCAAGCGUCGGUUUAUAUCUGCCAAAGCCUGUUUUCUCUCAUGGCCAGUUAUAUGUUGCUCUAUCUAGAGUAAAAUCAAAGGAUGGGUUAAAGGUGCUUAUUAUUGACAAAGAUGAAUUAGAAGACAUAGAUCCUGUCGGUGUUGAAAUUGUACAAGAUUUUGUUUCAUUUUCUGAUGUGCAUGGUGAUAAAACAGAGCCUGGUCUUCCUAGAGAUAUUCACGGUUUUGUUAUCAGUAUUGAUCCUCUGGUCACUGUAAAUGAUAAUUCCUACCCUGAGAGACAUGAUAAGAAGACUACCAGUAUAUCAUUCACUUUGAAGGAUUACAAGGGGUUAUUGUUAUCGUGUGUUGCAUUAGGACCACUUGCACUUGAUUUUAAUGACAAGAUUUUCAGUGAGGAACAAUUACCAUUUGAUGUUAUGUUAACCGACUGGUCUGUUAAACAAGGAGAAGAUGGAUACUAUCUUCGGUCUAGAGGAGGGAUUUCUAGAAUCGAGUUUCAUCCUGACUGUCCGAAAGCUAAAACUUUGGUUAAAAGGUUUUGGAAUAACCAAAAUAAACCUACCAAUGUCAUUGAUUUGGGUAGUAACGAUGAUGAGGCAAGUCCAUCUUCCGUGAAGAGUAGAGACUGA